CGUGGGAAGUUCCCGGCUCGAGAUUGUUGACAUGACAGGGUCGGCGCAGAGUUACAGAGGCGAGGAGUUUCCUUUUAUUUGGCCUAAAAACUUAUCUCUUCUUUUUUGACCAUGGCUAGGUAAAUAGUACACACGGGAUUAUACAUUGUUCGAGUUAAAAAGCCGACAUUUAAUGCAGUUGAAACCCUAAUUCUGUAUAAAACGAAACAAAAAGUUGAACUUUGUUGCAGCUCAUACGGAGUUGAACUCUUGACAGUCGGGAUGAGAGCAAAAAAAGCAUACGGAUAAGCCUAUGAUCACUGUAGCAGAAUGUGAUGAGAGAUUUCAGACAGAGGCAUAUGAGAGCCAAAUUUCUGAGCUGAAGCAGCAGUUAGAAGACAAAAACAAGCUUAUUGCCAAAUUAGUACAACAGAGUCCAGUCAUAAAAGGAAAUACCAAAGGUUCUGAUACUGUCAUGGAUUGUCAGAAGACAUUUGUACUUGGCUCAGUGUCUCCUUGUCCCCAAAAUGAAAGCCAAAUUACAAUAACACAGAGAGAAAAACAGUUGAUGGACCAACUAGAUGAUAUUCAGAAAAGAGAGAAAAAGCAGAAACAUAUUAUCAGCAUUAAAGAUGAAGAAAUUAGAAACUUGCAACAACAGUUAAAGGAAACUUGUAUUUUGACAAAACCCUGCUGCUCAAGCCAGACUGAGUGUGGUUCUGAAGUAAAUUGGAAAACUCCAGAUCCAGAGAUGAAGAAAACUUUACAUUUUUCCUCGACUGGAAUAGCUAAGGAUGAAAGGCCAGAAUUGUUUGAUGCUCUUAAUGAAGUGCAGAGCAAACUGCAUAUCUUACAAAAUCUAACAAGAAAACAAAAGGAACAUCUUAAUAAAUUGUGGUUCAAAAAUGAAUCAAUACAUGAGGGUCAGUUUUCCAUGCCAAUACAGUGUACUGACGUAACAGCUGAACAAGCAGAAGGACCGUUCCAUACAUCAAAAAAGCAAGAUAUGGAUAAAGAACAAAACAAUACAUCUAUAACAUCCCGAGGAGUGUGCCCAGAUGAGGAGUUUAUGGAUUCAUUGUCUAAAAUUAGUGUCAAGUAUCCCCCUAAAGAAACUGACUAUGAAUUUCUGAACAGUACACAGGAAAAAGUAGAAGCUAGUGAAAUUGGAAAUACAGACCCCUUUGAAAUUUUCAAGAAAGACAGAGAUGAAGCUGCCCAUUUUGAAGAGGCUCAAAACUGGGGCCAUCUGCCCUCACACAAACCUAACACAGCUUUGCCAAAUGUUAACAAAGACUUUUUAACACCACCACCACCAUCAUCAUCCUCAUCCACAGUUUUGACUCAUCUCUCAGUUGAGAGUGUACGUGGGCCAGAACAGCCCUUCUGGAGCCCCCAACACAGCAGAGAAAAAGAAUUGCUGCAGGAAGGCUUUACUGAUACUGAACAAAAUGCAAGCCCCAAUAGGUGUGAGUUCUGCCAAGCUCUCCUCCCAGCAGGCAUUCAAUCCAACAUGGAACUUCUCAGGCAUCUUAAUUCACACUUUGUAGAUUCAGCAACCAAAGGAGUCUAAUAUGUAAACAUUUGAACGUUUGAAUAAAAUAACUUUUUUUAAAAGCUAUGGAAAAACUGUUUUUAAAAAAGGAAAUUGUAUUAUUUCUCUGUAAAUGUAAUAUUAAUUAAAUUAAUCUAUUUUAAUUAGGGAAUAAAUAAAUACCAAGUCUGAAACUUGUGUUUUAUUGAAUCCCCUAAGCUGUGGUUAAAAGAUUUUAUCAUUGUGCACAGAUAAAAUGCAAUUAAAUGUAAUAUUUUACAUAAUAAAAAAAGAAAUGUUACAUCAUGUAUUUUUGUCUUGUAUAAUACAGGAAACAUGCAAGUUUGAUUUUGACCUUUAAAUAAAAUAUCUGUUAAUUGUCUUAAACUGAAAAGCAUUAUUUAAUAUUUACGUAGAUAGUCAUAUUUUAUUCUUGCAGGGUUAUUCCAUUUGUUGUAUUUAAAUUUCUUUUUAAUAAAAUUCCAAGUUGUUUUAACUUAGGAAGCAGUUAUGGAAAUCAGGAAAAAGAAAUGCUUAACUGUUGUUAUUUCACUAUAAGUACAAAAUGGCAGAAAAUAAAUGUAUCAAAAUACUGAAGAGUAUGUACUGUUUCACUACAUAAUAUAUAAAUACAAAUAAUUUGAAUGCCCAUAUGUAAUCCUUUCCUAUUCCCCCCUGGAUUUCUGUAGGAUAGGUGUUUUCUAGACUUGCGAAUAUUCUUUAGUUUUGGCAUUUAAAUACGGUAAACAGUUAAGGUACAGUGUAGUUGAGGGGUUUGAGGGCAUCAGAGGAUUCUCUGUCACUCAGUAUGGUCUAGUAAGAUAACACAUGUAAUGACUUGGCUUGGUAAUUUACACAAGUCACUUAACCUAUAGGUGUCCUAAUUGUAAUGUAUAUACAGACAGUUAGAUUUACCACAGAAAGACUCAAAUGUGUAGAUAAGCUUAUGUGAAUAUAAGGUGUGAAUUGUACAUUAACAAAUGUCUGUUUUAAGUAUCUUUCUGCCAAUUAUAGAUUAUUAUCAAGUUUUGGUUUUUUUUUUUUUUUUCUCUCAAUACUAUAUAUUAGUAUCCAUUGGCUUCAGAGUACUAGGUGGGAUUUCUAGGAGGUACUGUAUACUCCUUUUACUAUGGGAUUUUAAUAUCAAUUUUGUUUAUUUUGAAGGCCAGAUAGCUAUAUAACAUUUAAGUAACAGAUUUACAUAUAUUUUGAGAUUACUUAAAUUUAGGAAGACAUGCUGUAUUUUUUCAUGUUAAUUGGACUUUUUUUAAUGAAGGAAUAGUGUUUUGGCACACGUAAAGAAUAUGAAUAAUAAAAAUCACAUUUAUGUGACCAUUA